GCCAUCCAUCAUGUCCACCAACCCCAGCUCUAGCACUCCCAUAAGAAAGGCAACCGGUGCCGACUUCUCCCUUACCGCCCCUACUCCGCAAAAUACCCCGCUCUCGCAAGCACCCAUCUCCUCAGGGCUAGGCCUCACCCGUCCAGGAGUCGAUGACAUCCUCGAGGAGUACGAAGCAGAGGAGAAGGAAAACGCAAAGGAACUUGCCAAAGUACUGCAAAGUACUGCUGCACGUUCGGCACUUACGAGCAUCGUGCAGCAAAGGUUAGCGAAACUAGUUGGACAGAGUUCUGGCUAUGUGGAGGGCCUCCCUAUACCAGUCAAGAGGAGCCUUGUCGCGUUACAUGCUGUACAAGCGAAACAAGUUGACUUGCAGAAGGACUUCAAAAAGGAGGUUUGGGAAUUAGAAAAGAAGUAUCUUGAACGGACAAAGCCACUUUAUGACAGACGCGCAGCCAUUGUCUCCGGAUCAUCAGCUCCAACAGUUGAAGAAAUCGAAGCGGGUGAAGCGGAAGCAAUUAAGGACGACGAGGACCAUGAGCGUCUGCCGAAGUUAGAGCCAGGCACGAAUCCGGAGAAAGCACCUAUACCAGACUUCUGGCUUAAUGUUCUCCGCAAUCACUCCGGCGUCGAGGUACUUCUUUCUAGUCGGGAUCAGGAUGCAUUGAAGCACUUGAAAGACGUGCAAUUGUCAUAUCUCACUUCCCCUAUCAAGCAAGAAGAAGGUGAAACAGAACAGAACAAGGAGCAGACCCAGCUAGGAUUCAAGCUUUUGUUCUUUUUCUCGCCGAACGAUUAUUUCGAGAACGAAGUGCUGGAAAAGACGUAUCUCUACAAGACUGAAAUCGACUGGGCGGGAGACUUCCAAUAUGAUCAUGCGAUUGGGACUACGAUACGGUGGAAGAGUGAAGACAAGGAUUUAACGAAGGACAUUCAGACAAAGACACAGAGGUCCAAGAAAACCAACCGUACGCGCACAGUGAAACGUGCAGUAGACGUCGAGUCGUUCUUCAAAUUCUUCGGUCCGCCUCAACCCCCCUCUGAUGAAGACGUAGAGAAUGGCGGACUCGACGAAGAUGACUUGAGUGAACGGGAGGCAGAACUUAUGAUCGACUUCCAAUUGGGUGAUGACUUUAGAGAUAGGAUUAUCCCACAUGCAGUGGACUACUACACGGGCAAAGCCCUAGAAUGGGACGACGAAGGCUCCGACUGGGAAGACGACGACGCCGAUCUUGAUUCUGACAUUGACGAAGAGGAGGAUGAAGAAGAAACUGAUGAAGAGUAACGCUGUAUUGGUCCAUGGGUGGCAUGCUGAUCUGGAUGCUAACGCAAAUAUUAAAUUUACGAUAAGAGUAAAAGGUUCCUGUGUACGAUACAGCUAGCUUGUUAUUUUUCUCGGGAAUACCUUUUUACGAGAAGAUAUUUUGUAUUUUCCGUCGAUAUGCCCCAUACCUCUUAAUACCUGAUUUGAGAUCGAUAAUUUACUUAUAGCAUACACGAGCAUUUU